UUUAACAAAGUUUAUACAGUCUCUUCUCUUCAAGCAAGAAAUGGAGCUUUCUCUGGUAGGACUUCAAGAUGCAGGAAAGACAUCAAUUGUAAAUGUUCUUGCGACUGGUGGAUACAGUGAAGACAUGAUUCCUACCGUCGGGUUUAACAUGAGGAAAGUGACAAAAGAAAGUGUUACAAUCAGACUAUGGGAUCUUGGUGGUCAACCAAGAUUCCGCAGCAUGUGGGAACGUUACUGCCGUCAGGUUUCUGCGAUUGCGUACGUAGUUGAUGCUGCAGAUCUUGACAACCUAAGUGUCUCGAAAAGUGAACUCCAUGAUUUGUUGAGCAAUGCUUCGCUUAAGGGUAUCCCUCUUCUGGUUAUUGGGAACAAGACUGACAAACCUGGAGCUCUCUCCAAAGAAGCCUUAACAGAAGAAAUGGGGCUUAGUUCGCUUACAGAUAGAGAAGUCUGCUGUUUCAUGAUAUCUUGCAAGAACCCUACAACCAUUGAUCAGAUCACCGAUUGGGCUGUAAAUCACUCAAUAUCAAAGAACUUAACUUCACCAACAACAGAUGUCGUCUCUUCUUGAUCUUCUGUCUUAUGUUGAUGAUUGUUGAAGACAAUUUUAUUCGUGUGAAACAAGAGUUUGUCUUUAUUUGUCUUCUGUCUCACCUGUUGGUCUGGUCUGGUUUGGUCCAGUCUUUGUAUAGCAGAUGUGAAUUGUUUUCUAUUCUUAAGGCUUUAAAAUUUCAGAAACACUAAAACAGAAGUGCCUUUUGUAAACUUCUAAAAAUCCAAGGAAAUGGAAAUAAGCUCUGUUGUACAAUCAAUGGACAUUGACUUAUUUAUUUC